AAACACCAAAGACGUAAAGAGAUACGUUUUCGUUUAGAUACAAGAGAAAAAAAAAGGAAAAACAACAUGUGAGUUAAAAGCGUUAAUCGAUUUUUGUAAAUCAAUAGAACUUCGACUAUAAAAGGAAAAGAUUCUCAAAGAAAUGGUAUCACAAUUGGAAUACUUCCAAACAGAACAGUUCAAAAAAUCUAGAUAAUAUAUAAAGAUUUAAUUUUUAAAUUAAUUGGAUUAUUUGAAAAUCGAUAAACAUGAAAAUAACGUUCGUUAUACUUUUUGCUUUGAUGUGCAUGAUUGCGGAUUUGGCUGCCUUUCCACAAAGUUAUACCAUUGACCGAUUUGAUAGGGCUUACCGUGACUUUGAUGACCCACAUCAUAUCGAUGAUUAUAGAAAUAGCCGUCUAAGAAGAACCUACUACACCGAUGAUGAUUUACACCGUAGCGGUGGAGGUUACUACCCAUCGUACCAACACUACAACAGUGCCCCAGCACCUGUGCCAGUUCGCAGAGAAGAUACCAAUAUCGAUAGAGCAUUGAAAUUCACACCUCUAGUUCGGUAUAAGUCAACACGUACCAAGCGCAAGAAGUUGUUCGUUCCAAAUCUUUGGGGUUAAGUAGUAUCUUCAAUUUCCACAACAAAAAAUUAAAAGUUCGAUGAGAGCAUAGACUGAGAUGUACGCGAUCACUAAAAAAAUGAAUUGUUGAAAGUGCUUUGGAAUUCGGAACCUGUGUACCUAUACCUACCAUUUUUUUUUUUAAAUAAUUUUUUAAUAUCCUAAAUGUUUUACAAA